AUGAGUAGUAUCCCCGGCUUGCUCACGCACUUGCAUCCGUUCAUACACUUCUUCGUCGUCGCGUGCCACACACACUACCUAACCGCACGUUUAAGGACGUCGAAUGUCCAGCACUGUCAUCUCGAAGCCAAAAUCACGCCUGUGACGCUCGGAUUCAACGCGUGA